AUGGCCUCACUCGCGUCGGUUUGCCGUCUUUCGGCAAGGGUGGUACGGUCCAGGGUGGCCUCUGAGGCGACAUUUCGAGGCUACCAAACCUCUUCGAGAUGUCUCGCUGCCGCCGGAGACGUCCUCCUCGAGAUCGAGACCGACAAAGCGACGAUGGAUGUAGAGGCCCAAGACGACGGGAUCCUGAUGAAGAUUAUGCAAGGUGACGGAAGCAAAUCAGUACAGGUCGGAACUCGGAUCGCAGUCAUGGCCGAAUCCGGCGACGAUAUUUCAGCCCUCGAAAUCCCCGCCGACGCAAAGGCCGCCGCUCCAGAACAAAGCAAGACCCAGCAGGACAACAAGGCAGAGAAGCAGGAGAGCCAGUCCGCGACGGGGAGAAAACACGGUAUCGAGGAAUCGGUUGUCAGCCAGAUCACCCCCACUGGGCCUGGCGGUCGCCUACUAAAGGGAGACGUUCUGGCCUACCUCGGUGCUAUCAAAGCCGAAACCCCGGCUCAGCUCUCGAGCAUGUUUGACAAGCUCUCCCACCUCGAUCUUAGCAACAUCAAGGUUGCGCCCAAGAAGGAGGCCCCCAAGGCCGAGAAGCCAGCCGCUGAGGCCCCCAAGGCUCCCCAGAUGGCCGAAGUUUCGGUUUCCAUAUCCAUGGGUCAGGUUAUCGAGACCCAGCAAAAAUUAAAAGGCUCUGUCGGCAGCUUCCUCGGCCUCAACGGCUUCAUCUCUCGUGCCAUUGAUAUAGCCAAUGACGAACUGCCGCCUGUUGCUCACAAGCCCACCUCUACCGAGUUAUUCAAUGAUAUUCUCGGGCUCAAGAACGCCCCCGCGAAAGCUACGAGGGGCGCCUACCAACCUGCAACCUCGGUCGUUAUGCCCAUCAGCCCCGCUGCGGCGAAGGCCGCUUCCAAGCCCGCUGAUAUCAUCGACAUCCUUUCCGGUCCGGCUUCGAACCGGAAGGCUCGUCCUGCCUCCACAUAUACCACCCCCGGUCUAUCGACUGGCACUAACAUUUUCAGCCUUACCGUGCCCAAGGCGGAGGAGAAGCGGGCUACUGUUUUCCUCGAGAGGGUAAAGAUCAUGUUGGAAAACGACCCGGGCAGGCUAGUCAUAAAUGGGUACUAG